AUGUAGAAAGUAACUGUAAAAUAAAAAUACUUAAGUACGAAUUGCACUACUUGCCUAAGUUAAAUUUAUGAGAGACUGACUAUUGAUAAUAUCGAGUUAUAUGAGAAAAAAAGUGUUAAGAACAAAAGAAAAUUGAUUAAAGCUAAUAUUUAAACAUUGCUGAUUCCAUCAUCAUUAUCUAAUACUCCUAAGCAAAAGAAAAAAAUAAACUCCAACAGAACUUAAGGAGCCAGUCUUGAUGGGAUUUUGAGAGUCAAAGAUCCAUUUACAGAUUCAAAGAAUGAAUUAACCAUAAAUAUGUAAAUGAAACCUACUUAAAAAACAUCACAUAUCCAAAAAAUCAUUUAAUCCCUUCUUCCAUACAUAAAAGUAAGAGUUACUAGCUUAUCAAUAACAAAGAUUGAAAAAAAGGAUAUGAAAUAGGCAAGUUCAUUUCUUUCUAUAUAAAGCAAUAAAGCAACUAUGAUGCUAUAAAUAUUUGUCAAAUAGUAAAAAAAUGAAACCCAGAAUAAAAGCUUCUCAUUGUACAUUUCCAAUAUUUUUUAUAUAAUUAAUUAUUAACCUUUUUUUAAUUAAUUUUUUUGA